AUGUCCACAAACCACUCACAUAUAGUGCCUAAUGUGGAAGUGCCGAAUAUUAGUCAAGCUCAAGAGCUUGUCCAUGUUCGAAGUGUAUCGGAACUGCUUCGCCAACAUGGCAUUCUCAAGAUAAGCCUGGGACUCGAUGAUAACAAGAGCCAGUAUCUUGAACAGCUUCUCCUGAGCCUACAUCGACGUCACGGACAUCAACUGCCUAUUGCUCACAGCGCAACCAAAGGCUGGUUUUGGGAUGUACUUCCCGCCACCACCAGCUUUCAGACUGCCAACUGUCAGGCCCGUUCCGAGACAAUGGACGAGUUUCCCUGGCACACGGAUUGCAGUUACGAGAACCCCCCGCCGCGCUAUUUCGCCCUGCAUGUGCUUCAGCCUGAUCGCUACGGAGGUGGUACGCUUUCCGUGAUGAAUGUGCAGCGGCUAAGCGAGCUGCUCUCGGAAGCCACCAAGGCAUCUUUGGCAAGACCCGAGUAUCUGAUUCGCACACCGCCCGAGUUUGAAAAGUCUCCUAGGCAGCAGCACAUCGUGGGAAGCAUCAUGGUGACUGAUGCAGAGAAUCAGACUAGCAUGAUGCGCUUCCGAGAAGACAUCUUAACGCCGUUGAGUGAUCGGGCUUCCGCCGCGCUAAAUGAACUGAAACAUGCAUUGCAGAGCGCAGAGGCAAAAUCCUAUUCGACCUUGCACUUGACCCCGAAGGCCCUGCCGGCGCGUUCGAUCAUCUUGAUUGACAACCGCCGGUGGCUACACGCAAGAAACCACAUCACAGAUCCGGGGCGACACCUCCGAAGAGUUAGAUGGGAUGCAGUCCCGUUCUCUAGUAGUAUGUGA